GCAAGCGAUGUGAUUGGUAGUAGUAGUAGCGACAGGCAGAAAGGCUGUCCCCGUGCCUGCAGAGUACACUCUGUCUCCCGCACCUCGCUCAAGUGGCUGUGACCAGAAAAGAAAAACUCGUCACGUAUCCGGAGUCCCCAGCCUGCCUGCCUUUCGCUCCCACGCCUACCAGUCACUCACACCCAGACCAGAACUGCCCUCAUCCCCCACCGCACCCGUGACUCCGUCCUUUUACUACCUGGGGCUGCCGCUGAUUGGCUGGGCUAGUCCCGCCCUCGGGGAUGACGCCACCAGCCCCGGUUUGACAGGCAGGUACGUCUUGGGGGCCGCCAUGUUUAGAGCGGAAGAGGAGUGAGUAGCGGUGGGGGCAGCAGUAAUAGCCCUGCUGGACGAGUCAGGCGCUGAGGUUGGAUCUGCCUGGCAGCGGCGCCAAGCUUCUGGCUGAAUUCCUUUCCGCGCCCGCGUGGGCAGCCUUGCCUCGUCCUUCCUUUCUAGUGGGGGAAGCGUCCCGACAGUCUCCUCCCCUUAUCGGGGGGGGGGGAGGAAGAGGAAAAAGGAAAAUCCUGACUCUGACCCUUAGCGGUGCUCUGAGGAGGAUCAGGCGGCGGCAGCAGGGGGGACUCGAAGUUAAAGAGAAAAGAUGCCGUUAGCCCAGCUGGCGGACCCCUGGCAGAAAAUGGCUGUAGAGAACGCGGCUGAGAGCAGUAGCAGCGCCGAGAAUGGCCAACAAAUCAUGGAUGAACCUAUGGGAGAAGAAGAGAUAAAUCCACAAACAGAAGAAGGCAAUAUUAAAGAGAUUGCAAUAACAUAUCAUGUCAAGGAGGGAUAUGAAAAAGCAGAUCCUUCACAAUUUGAACUGCUUAAAGUACUAGGACAGGGGUCUUUUGGAAAGGUAUUCCUUGUAAAAAAAAUCUCAGGAUCAGAUGCCAGACAGCUGUAUGCAAUGAAGGUGCUAAAAAAAGCAACACUGAAAGUUCGUGAUCGUGUUCGGACAAAAAUGGAGCGUGACAUUUUAGUAGAGGUUAAUCAUCCCUUUAUUGUCAAGUUGCAUUAUGCCUUUCAGACAGAAGGGAAGCUAUACCUUAUUUUAGACUUUCUCAGAGGAGGAGACUUGUUUACACGCUUAUCCAAAGAGGUGAUGUUCACAGAAGAUGACGUCAAAUUCUACUUGGCUGAAUUAGCACUAGCUUUAGAUCAUCUGCAUAGUCUUGGAAUAAUUUACAGAGAUCUAAAACCAGAAAACAUUUUACUUGAUGAAGAAGGACAUAUUAAAUUAACAGAUUUUGGCUUAAGCAAGGAGUCUAUUGAUCAUGAGAAAAAAGCAUACUCCUUCUGUGGAACAGUAGAAUACAUGGCCCCAGAAGUGGUUAAUCGUCGAGGGCAUACACAGAGUGCAGACUGGUGGUCAUUUGGUGUGUUAAUGUUUGAAAUGCUCACUGGUACACUACCUUUCCAAGGGAAAGACAGAAAAGAAACCAUGACUAUGAUUCUCAAAGCCAAACUUGGAAUGCCUCAGUUUUUAAGUCAAGAAGCUCAAAGUCUUCUCCGAAUGCUUUUCAAGAGAAACCCUGCAAACAGAUUAGGAGCUGGUCCUGAUGGUGUUGAAGAAAUUAAGAGGCAUCCAUUUUUCUCCACAAUAGACUGGAAUAAAUUGUACAGAAGAGAAAUUAAUCCCCCAUUUAAACCUGCAACUGGUAGACCUGAAGACACGUUUUACUUUGAUCCUGAAUUUACAGCAAAAACUCCAAAAGAUUCACCUGGCGUUCCACCUAGUGCUAAUGCUCAUCAACUUUUCCGUGGCUUCAGUUUUGUAGCUAUUGCAACGGAUGAUGAAAGUCAAGCAAUGCAAACAUCUGGUGGGCACUCAAUUGUUCAGCAGUUGCACAGGAACAGCAUUCAGUUUACUGAUGGAUAUGAAGUUAAACAAGAUAUAGGAGUUGGCUCCUAUUCAGUUUGCAAGAGAUGUAUACAUAGAGCAACAAAUAUGGAAUAUGCAGUGAAGAUUAUAGACAAGAGUAAAAGAGAUCCCACAGAGGAAAUAGAAAUCCUGCUACGAUAUGGACAGCAUCCCAAUAUUAUUACUCUCAAAGAUGUGUACGACGAUGGGAAAUAUGUGUAUCUGGUAACAGAACUUAUGAAAGGAGGAGAACUGUUGGACAAAAUCCUUAGGCAAAAAUUUUUUUCAGAAAGAGAAGCCAGUGCUGUCCUAUUGACAAUAACAAAAACUGUUGAAUAUCUUCACGCACAAGGAGUUGUACAUAGAGACUUGAAACCUAGCAAUAUCCUUUAUGUUGAUGAAUCAGGCAAUCCAGAAUCUAUUCGAAUUUGUGAUUUUGGCUUUGCAAAGCAGCUGAGAGCAGAAAAUGGCCUUUUAAUGACUCCUUGUUACACAGCAAAUUUUGUUGCUCCUGAGGUUUUAAAAAGGCAAGGCUAUGAUGCUGCAUGUGACAUAUGGAGCCUUGGUGUUCUGCUUUAUACAAUGCUGACUGGCUAUACUCCAUUUGCAAAUGGUCCUGAUGAUACCCCAGAAGAAAUCUUGGCACGAAUAGGUAGUGGGAAGUUCUCUCUCAGUGGUGGAUACUGGAAUUCCGUUUCAGAUACAGCAAAGGAUUUGGUUUCGAAAAUGCUUCAUGUUGACCCUCAUCAGAGAUUGACUGCUGCCCAGGUCUUAAGACAUCCCUGGAUUGUUCACUGUGACCAGUUGCCUCAGUUCCAACUUAACAGGCAAGAUGCUCCACAUCUUGUGAAGGGUGCCAUGGCUGCUACCUACUCAGCACUGAACCGCAACCAGUCACCAGUUUUAGAGCCAGUGGGCCGUUCUACUCUUGCUCAACGAAGAGGAGUAAAAAAAAUUACCUCAACUGCUCUGUGAAGUGACCUUAGUUGCAAAAUUUGGUACCAUAAUAUGAUGAUAGCACAAAUCUUGGCAACAGGUAGCACAUAUCCAAGAUACCUGCAAGCACACUGUUCCAGCUGGUACCUAUUAUGCUGCUGCUCCUGCUUUCAUCUAUUCUUGCUUUAAACUAUUGAUAGCAAAAUAUUGCCCUUCGGAUGGGAGUAUAACGUGAAAUCAAUAGAGAAUUAAGUGUUCAUGGAGAUCAAGUAGAAUUACGAACAUUUCUUCUGUCACGUUAAAUACACUGAAUAAAGCACUCUCCCCAUAUAGCAUUAUUUUUAUAGGGAAUGUUUUUUCUCCCUUUAAAAUAUUCUUUGUUACAUGUUUGGAUGGACAGUUUAUGUUAAGCACUUAGCUUAAUCAGUAUGUUUAUAUUAGCACUGUAUUAUUUGUGCCAUCCAGCAUUUUAUAUGUUUUUGUAAACUUUUUGUAAACAGUACAUUUCUGUACUGUUUCCUUUUACAUGCCUUCUAUUUAGACUAAUUAAAUUUGGCAAUUAAGUCUGAUUAAAUGGUUAAUCAGUACGGUUAACAUCUCUAAAGCAGCGUGACUGUUAAACAGCUAUUGAAUGUAUUUUUGUGAAUGUGUUUUUCCUUGCAUAUGUCUUCCCCAUAGGCACAUUGGUAGACAUCAUGGGAAACUAGAGCUGUUACAGCAUUGAAUGGCACAACAGGUUUCUCAUAAUCAAACAUGUGGAAUUGGAUCUGAUGUGAAAAAAUAACUAUCUCCAGUGUGCUUGUCCUUUUUGUGGACAUUGGACACCAUGGCAAAAUAGUUUCACCAGUUCAGUUGUGUUUAGUUGUAACUAGUCAUUUUAAAAAAAAAACUGUGUUGAGAGUGGGGGACCACUGUUCUACAGAACUAAACAGAAGUAGGGUGGGAAAUGUAACGUUUAAAGCUAAAGCAGUACAUUGCCCAUUAAUGAGCAUGCUAGCAAUUUCUUGUUAGGAAAUUACUAAUAGCAGAUUGGUUACUUGGGUUAUUUUCAACUAACAAUCCAAAGCUGAAUGAUGUUUGAAUUGAAUAGAAAUGUGCCCAAUCUCUUCAAUCUGUUCCUGGUGGUUCUGCUAUCUAAGUUGGGCUUUUUCUCAUUGCUAGUUGGUAGGCUGGCACCCUUGGUGUACAGUAUGGAUCUAAGGCUACAGUUCUAAACCCACAUACUAAUGACAAAGCCAUUGUGAAUACAGUGAAUACAAUGGAGCCUGAACCAUGUUUCUGUUAUUUUCUUGGGAAAGAGAGAAAAGGGUUGUGUUCCCAGCUUGUUAACAGUUUAAAUUGUCUUGGAGUACUUGUUUUCUGGAAAUAUUGAAGUUGUAUUUACUAAAAAGUACAAUAUAUUGAAGUACAGUGUAAUUUUGAUAGAUCAUCUCAGAGUUCCGCCAAAGAUUUUUUUACUGUAUUAGUAAUAAUGUUUUUUCCGUCCUCUUGAGUUUUGUCAACUUAGUCCCCAUUCAGCAUGUUAAAGAAAAUGGAAGCAAGAUAGGCAACAUGUAGUAGCUUUGUUGGGUCUUACAAGUGCUCACCUUUCCAUAGAUCACAGAGUCCCAUAGCAUUCUUAGUCUUCCUGUCCAUAUUUUCUUAGUAACUUCUACUGCUUUGUGUCAUUCCUUGCCUUGCAUAUUCCUGCAAACCUUUUGGUUUUAUUGUUUCAGGCUAUCAUAGUUUUUAUUUAUAAAUUGUCGUUUCAAAAACAUACUUUUCCUUUAUUUUCACAUUAGGCUAGUCUGCAAAAUCAUGCCUCUGUUUGUGUUACCCUUAGAAGCUGCUAACCUAGCCAACCAGGGGCCUUUAACUUACUACUAUCUCUUAUUUGUUGAAUUUUGGUAUUGUGAAAUCCAGUUUUCCUUUGUUACAUUUGGGAAUCUUUUUCAUAAUUCCACAAGCUGCCUGCAAUCUUCCUUACAGUGACAAAUCCAAAAUUGCUAAUCCCUUAACUGUGACCUCAGCCUUGUAAAGGUAAAGGAACAACUGAACAUUUCAUAUUAGUGGGGUAGUAGUUCAGUAUCUGGGAGUUAAGAUCCCGUAUUCUUAAUUCAUGUGAUUUGGAGUGUACUGUGCAAGAAAUGAGCUGUCUACCUUUUCUGGUUGGGUUUCUUGAAUAUUUUCUUUAAAAUAUUAACCCAGUACUGUGAAUCCAGAGUAUCCACUUAGGGUGGGGAACCUUUGGCACUCUAGAUGUUGCUAACUACAACUUCCACCAUCCCUGGCCAUUGGUUGUGCUUGCAGGGCUAAUGUAGUUCAGUAAUAUCUGGAGAGCCAAAGGUUUCCCACCACUGCAUGCGAGGAAGUGGGGGAAGACACAAAAGCUAUUAUGGAGGAGCAGAGGACUCUUGAAUAGUGUGGGAAGUGGUGCCGCAGGAACUGGCAAAAAUCUCUUCUUCACUCUCCGGUGGGAGCCUCUGCUGGAUCUCAAUCCCUUUGUUUGUGGAAGGGCAAGUCUAGACCCAAAUAUCUUAUGCUUAUUUCUUUCAGUUUUAAGCAGAGAUUUUCAAUAGGCUGUUAUUUUUAGCUCUGUGGUCCUUGAUGUAUUUCAUUCCUAACUAGAGUAGUCCUCAACUAUUCGUUUCAGCAGCAUAAUACCCCUAAAGCACUUACGAUGCAGUUCACAACUGUAUAAACAGAAAUUCCAUUGUGUUUCUGGACUUGUGAAAAGGCAAACUAAAAAACUAAGCAUUGUAAAGAUACUGUUUUCCACAAACAACUUAAAUCAACCCAAAGGAAAUAAGCAUGUUGUUUCCUAUAAGGUCAGGCUUAUUCAGUCUUGUAAUAUGUUAGUUGAAGUUGGAACAUGGCUACCUAAUAUCUUAAAAUUGACAAAGAGGUUGAAAUGCUUGCAGCUGUUGGCUAAGAUCGAAGUGUUCAAAGUUUAUUCUGGAGCAAGGUAAUGUAGUACAGCACCUUGUCUCUUUGUUAUUAAUGAACAAUCAAAUAUAAAAUUAUAAUGUGUGGCAUGCUUCUUAAUACUUGGGAGAUGGAUUUCUUUCAAUAACUUGGUUUUUCCACCUUCUGAGAUCUCAAAUUAAUGAACACAUGUCAUAAUGCUAUAAGAAACUAUUCUAAUCUAAAGUUCAGGGGCUGCUUUGUCAUUGACAGAUUUUUAUCAGAUAUUUUGAAGGUGCUAGUCCUUUUGCCCUUCUGCUGUUAGAUCUAGUAGUAACCAUAAUUCUGCUUCUGUGGCUUUGCUCUUGAGAAAGAGGUAUGACUUCGUUUAAAUUAUUCCCUUAAGAAUGUUAUGUUUACAAAAUAAUUUUGCACAGUUGAAGUAUAUCCAUUCUUGCAUUUUUUACUCAGGCUUUGUGACACCCACUUUCUUAUCCAGGGUCACUCAGGCUGUACUCCUAAACCCACUUACUAGAAAGUAAGCCCUAGUCAACACAGUGGGACUUACUUCUGAGUAAAUAUGCAAUGGAAUUGCAUUGUAAAUAUUAAAAAGUUCCUCUUGAGUGAAAUAUUUCACUUGACCCUAGAAAAAUGUGAACUACUUUAGGCUAGUGUUUGUUACUAUGUCUCCCUAGGGUGGAAUUCAGUUAGUUACCCUGGUAUUGCUGCUCCAGCAGAACAUGUCCACUAAUGAAGGAGGAAAAAAGGGGAUUUCUGUUGCUAUCCCGUUCCUCCAACCCUCAACUGCAGGCAGAAGAGGCAAUCCACAAAAAAAUCACCUCCCCUCUUCCUUCACUAGUAGAUGCCGCCUGCUGGAUCAAAACCCUUCUGCUGCUUGCAUAGGACACCAGUUAGAUAUUCCCUAGUUAGUACUUAUUCACCUUUUCUUAUUCAGAUGUGGGCACUCGUUCCUCUACCUAAACUUUGUUUUACAAUAAGUUGGCUUCCUGGUCAGCAUUCUGUAGCAAUAACAUUGACUUGUUUCAAACAAGACACAUUCAAACCCAGCAUUUAUAACUGCCUGCAUCCAGCUUUUUGUUGUGUAGUCAUACAUUAGUAUGGAAUGGAACGUUUAAGUGCUUCAUUGAUUGUGUUUCAAAUAGUAAUAUGCUCACAGGAGAAGCAGAAUUAUGUAAAAGAUUUUUAAUAGGCAGAAGUGAUUCUGAAGAUAAGUCAUGCUGCUUCGGUUUUGACUUUUGCUUCUGCUCACUUCAGAUAGUGAUCAGGUAGCCUUGUUUUCGUUUUCUAUGAAGUUACACAAUUAACUAAACCAUAUUUAACAUUUUAAAAACCACCAGUUGAUUUGGCCUCAUUUUACAUAUGGUUAUGCUCACACCAGCUUAGUUAUAUGCUGGGAGCUAUUUAACUAUAAUGCCAAGCAAUUUUUACAUUUCCUCUAGGGCUUACAAACCUGUUAAAAUGCUCCCUUUCCUUUUAGAAAGCAGAUUUCUUAAAGACGUAAAAUCGAAGUACAGCAUCUGAAAGUACUGUAAAAUAUCACUGCAAGAUCAUGUUUUUUUCUGUCUGAGGAGCAGCUGGCCACACUGCUUCUCUUUGCUGCUACUUUCCCUCUGUGGCCUGAAAUACUAGUAUCAACAAUGCAGAUUAUCAUUAAAAAUGUUUUUACUUCUGACUUUCAAACUAGUUAACUUUAAAAUAGACACCAUGAUGGAUGAUUAAAGACAAAACCAUCUAGAGUGUUUAGGACUGCUGACUUACUAAAAUUUUGAAAUAAAUAAUUUACAAAAAAAUAGUCCAGUUCUCUCCUUCAACCCUUUCAUUAGUCUUCAUUUGCCCGCAUUUCCUCUUCCACAAACAGUUACUCUUUCCUGUAUAUUCAUAACUGUGGUAAGGGAAAUCAAUAUGCCAACUUAGAUUCAGCAUUGGCACCUUUUAAGCCACUUUAAAAUGUCAAGACCCGAGACACCUUUAUAUGAUUUUUUAAAAACUCUCAUGUUCUUUACCCACCCUACCCCCCACUAUAAACAGGAUAUGAAUUUAUUGCUAUCUGAUAGAGAGGCUGCAAUAAUUUAUCAGUUUAGGUUAUAUCUCUGGUAACAUGAAACAACUGUCCAUGGCCAAACAAGCAACUGUAUAAGAAGAUGUCAAGCCACAUGGUUUCCCUCAAAUAAGCACUGUACUGUCCCAUAUGGGAAGCUAGAGCUAGCUUUAUGGCAUUUCAAAGUACUCUCUUACUGUACACAUUUCCCUACAAGGUAUGACGUGAGAUGAAAUGAAAACUAAGAAGAGCUUGAGGAUUGCAAUUAAAUGGCUAACAAAACAAAAUAAAUUAUCAGUAAUGUUCUCAAUAUCUGAGCAGGAGAAAACUGAGAUUUUCUGCAAUAGUCCUUGUUAGAUUAACUGUGUUAAAGACAAGUGAAUGGAUUAUUAAAAUGGAUUUUUAAAUACAUGAUCAGGGCAUAAGGAAAUGUAUGUAAGUUUUUGUUGUUGUAAAUGUAUUAGAUCAACUAAAGUACUGCUUUUCUGAUAAUGAAAAGGAAAGCUUUUUUAAGGCAUGUGAAUUCUUGGUAAGCAGUAAUGAAUGGCUUUUAACUCAUGACAGUGAUGUAUAUGAUUAGCUUUAUCUUGAUCCUUCUGACCUAAUCAAAGGAAAAGUGCACUCGUGAGGGAUGUAAUUAUUUUACAGUUUUAGUGAAGGGAGGGGGAAUCUGUAAGAGAUUUUUUAAAAAAAUAUCAAACUAUUUUUCUACAGUUACGUACAAUCAUUCUUUAUAUUGACUUCUUCAGCAUGCAAAUUAAGGUACAGUAAGAGGAGCUGACUAUAUUGUACCUUUAGAGUAGAAAAUUAAAAAUAGCAUCUGUCAGAUGCUUCUAUUAGCAUCAUGGAACUGAAGUGCUGAUGAACAAGCUAAAAUACUGAAAACUUCUGAUUGUUUCAUUGAGAGCUAUGUAUGUUUUCAAAAAAUACUGUAUACGUAAUCAGAAUUGUUCCAGACAUAACCACAGAUGAGCCUGGAAAGCUACCAUUGCUUGUACCCUUGUCAAAAGGCAGGUUUUGUAGUCUUCAAAAGAAACUGAAUUUAUACAGCAAAUAAACUUUCAAAGGUA